AUGGAUCGUUACGUGGUUAUUCACGUGGCCACUACUUGUGAUGAGCAUGGAGUUUACGUCACGAAAGACUCUGCAGAAGUAAUCGAAAUUGGUUGGAUUUUACUCAAUGCAAAAACACUGGAAGAGCUUCACAGGGAAAGCGUUCUUGUCAGACCUGUCAAUACUCCAAUCACCCCACUGUGCACUAGCUUGACCACUCUGACUUGGGAGCAUGUACGGACUGCCGGCUCUUUCAGAGAUGCUGUUAAUCGAUUCGACUCUUUUGCCCAGGAAUUCUUAAUGGCGCAGCAUCUAGAUUUUACUUUUGUGACAUUGGAUGCUUGGGAUCUUCGUGUCCAGCUGCCCCGCGAGGCCAGAGACAAAGCCGUUGUUCUGCCCCCCUAUCUUCAACAUUCCCGGACUUUUGACCUUCGUACUGAGUAUACCCGUUGGCAAUCUCACCAUCCAGAAUCACUGCCCUUUGGACCUUCAUCCUUGGCAAAUAUCUGUGCAGCUCUCGAAGUUGAGCCCGUUCAGUCCUCAGCGCCCAUAAAACAUAAUCUACCCUUUCACCUACAGGCAUUGGCUCCGGCCUCCCCCCGCAGAGCUAUGGAGGAGGCGAUCACUUUAGCAAGGGUUCUUCGUGGUUUGAUCAAGAAAUCUCAACCUCCAGAGGGUCACCCUGAUGUUUUAGCCAGGCCGAUGGAUGCACGAGCAGACGUCAGGGCCUUUUUGAGCGAACGGAGUAAAGUCCUUCACAUGAGUGGGCUUCCCCAUGACACAACACAAUCUGAGCUGGAAAGUUGGUUUACACAGUAUGGUGGGCGUCCAAUUGCAUUUUGGACUCUUAGGACCCCUGAUCAGCAUAAGCCGACCGGGACUGGGUUUGCCGUAUUCUCAUCCCACGAGGAGGCCGCCGAGUCACUGUGCAUGAAUGGACGUGCUCUUAAUGAGAAGGCAAUUGAAGUCUCUCCCAGCAGUAGUAGGGUCUUGGACAGAGCUGCCGAAAUCCUAACACCUUUCCCACCUAGUAAGAACAGGCCGAGGCCGGGUGAUUGGACCUGCCCAUCUUGCGGUUUUUCGAAUUUCCAGCGCAGGACCGCGUGUUUCCGUUGCUCUUUCCCAGCGGUUCCAGCUGGCCCUAACCCCGAUGUCUAUGGCUAUUCAGGAUACCCGCAAACCUCUUUAAUCCCAUCCCAACCCCCGUCAAUGGGACACGGUGCUGGCCAUGGAUUGCCAACUAGAACUAUGCCGAAUAGUGGAGGGAUGGUCCCUUUCAGAGCAGGAGAUUGGAAGUGCGGCUCUGAUGGAUGCGGCUACCAUAAUUUUGCCAAAAACGUUAGCUGUUUGAGGUGUGGGGCCAGUCGCGCAGGAGCUGCAGUAGUUGCGGACACUGCAUUUUCCUCGCCUAUAGAUGGACCCUCGCCAUAUGGGGGAGUAGGGUUGGGCGGCCCCCAGGGGCUUGGUGGCGGAUCUGGACCAGUUGGUGGACAAUUCAGUGGAGGUGGGGGUUUCCCUGGCCAGCAGUUUGGAGGUCAAAGUAACUUUGGGUUGCCCUCCGGUCUCGGUGGCGGUAACGGUGCGUUCCCACCUCUUAACACUUCCAUGGGCCCUGGAGUCGGGCCAAGCUCAGCCGGACCAUUCGAUCAAAGGGCUGAACAGGCUUUCUCCGCCGGGGGUAAUGGACCCAACGGGAUGUAUGGCGGUAUGGGCAAUGAUGAUGCGGCGUUUUCUUUCCUCGCGGGAGGUUUGGGCGGGCUUGGACUUGAUGAUUCCAGAAGGAAGGAAAUUAAUGGUGGGGGAAGGUCUCCUGGUGCUUAA